GAAAACAGCCAAAGCAUCGCUUUCGAACAGAAUCACUGCUGCACUUUUUGUCUCUUUUUCUCAACGAUCCCAACAGUCCAAUCUCUCUCUCUCUCGCUCUCUCUCUCUAGGGUUGUGCAAAUGUGAAAAUCGAGUCCUCGAAAACUCUCUGCAAAUCCCAAUUCUAGUUCGAAGAUGGCGACUUCAGCUUUCAAGUCCACCUCCAGAAGAGGAAACACCACAACUAGCAGCACCAGUAGCUCCCGCAAUUCCCCCAAGAAAGCCCCAAUUCGAAGAUCCCUCAGCGUCAGCGCUCUCUCCAGAACUCACGAUCAUCUUCAAUCCGACAUCACUUCCGAGUUCUUGAACAAACGAGACAAUCCUCUCUUCUGGAGCUGCUCUGGUCCACCGGACAAGGAAAUCGAGCCCCAAGAUGUGCGCAAGGUCAGUGCCACUGUUUUGACUGGUUCUGUCGAUGGGCAGAGAGAGAGAGGCCGAUCGGUGACCAGGAAUUCGAGCAAGAAAGUUGGAGAGGGAGGGAGGAAGCCGGUGGGUGUGGGUGGUGGUCGGAGUUUGUCCAAGGUGGAUACAGGGCGGCGCGGCAGGUCUGUCUCCACGGGCCAUUACGCUGCUUCUGAGAGUGAAGUGGAACAAGACUCUGUUGUAUCCAGCUAUCGUAACAAAAGUAGUUCGACUGUAGCUGCCAAUGGAUUAAAGAAAGCUAAUUUAGGUAGAAAUGUAGCUGAUAUGCGAAUAAAAUAUACUGAGCAUCCAGUUGUCGAGCCUUCACAUAAUUCUAAUUCUAAUUCACAAACACCAAAUUGGGAAGAUGGAAUCUCAACGGGUUCUUUUUUGGAAGCUGAAGAGAAGACAAUUAAAGCAGUAUGUGAACAAAUGAAGUCAUUCCAGGGAGAUAUUAUGGGAGGAGGUGACACCACUGCAAGUGGAAUAUAUGAAACUGUUCGAUCCGAAGUAAGACGAGCCAUCUCAGAUAUCCAAAAUGACCUCGAAAGUGCUAUCCAAAGGAACAAUGGCACUGCAAUUGCAACUACAAAUAUUGCUGAUAUUGCUCCAGAUUUGGUUAACCCUGGGGCUAUUGAACUAGUCUUGGACAUCAGAAGGGAAUAUGCCAGAAAGCUUGAGGAGUCUGGGGAAAGGGCUAGAAAACUUCGAGCAGACCUGACUGUCGAGGAGCAUCGUGGAGAGGAGUUGAGUAGAAUCCUCAAGGAGCUACUUCCAGAUCCAAAGACAAUUAAUAUGCAGAAAUCUCGUCCAGGAAGAAAAAGUAGCAGUGAAAGAAAAAAGAUGUCAAGACGGCUUACAGAAGAAGCCAUGGCUUAUUUUGAUGAGUGUGUGUCCAUCUCCACAUUUGAUAGUUCUGAUUUCUCAGCACCAGAAGAUCCACCUCUCAACUUGAUUGGAGCCACUACACCAGUGGGUGGGACUGCAUCUUUAGCCCAAGUAAGCCCCAGCUUAUCAACCUCCUAUUGCCCUAACAGUUUCUUGAACCAUAACCAGGAGUCAGGUGGUCACGGUCAGCUCAUACAUAGCAAUACGAAUUCCAGUUUUACCACUAGCAGCGGUAGUAACGAGAUUAAUCAAGCCAGUCUAAGAGGUAAUAAUGCUGAAUCGGGUAGGAAACUACAAUUCUCCUUCAGUCGGAAACCAACUGAAAGUGUUGGGCUCCAACAGGACAUUAGGAAUUACAUUAAGAAAAAUGAAAAAGAAUUUGAAAAAGAUGACAUCGACUCAGAGAAUUUUAGAUCAAAUUACUAUGAUUUAGAUGAGUACAAUUUACAAGGCCGGGGAGAAAGCUUGUUAUUUGACAGGGUAUUAUUUAAGAACAGAAUAGAGUCCGGGUGUUUGCAUCUCUGUGACGGAGGUUUGUCAAUUUCACUUUCUUCUUUGGGUUUGUUUACUUGAAUCUGAAACAUUGUGAUGAUCUUGGGAAUUCCCAAGUUGUAUGUAAAGUGUGAGAGUACGUUUGUUUGGAUAAUUUGUAUGUUGCUCAUACUAUUCUCAUCUCCAAGUUUCAUAUGAUUUGAGGAAGUUGUAAUGAAUGUGGAAAUAGAAAUUGGAUUGGAUCAGUUGAGUGAUGA